CAGUAAAUUACAGGGUUCAAAAAUGUUCCGCUGGCCCAUUGCCCUGAAAUACAAUGUUUAACCAGUCUGUGUGUUUUGUGUGUGUGUGUCCAAAUUCAGGUCUAAGAUAGGCAAAGUACAGAGUGGACCCAGAUCACACUUUGCUGUCCUGCUGAACAGAAAUGAAGCCUUGUCCCUGGGCAGCUGCUUCCUGUCUGCUACCUGUCCUGGCUGUGUUUCCUUUUCUGUCCUUUAUCACUGCGUCUCAGGAUGGAGCCAGGAUCAGACGGUACUAUAUUGCUGCUGUUCCUAUCCUCUGGGACUACUCUGAUGGCCAUGGACACGGAAGACCGGGUCCCUCCUAUAAGAAAGUGGUUUUCAGAGAGUACGAGGAAGGCUUCAAGCAGGCUAAGACUCAUCCUCCAUGGUUAGGUCUGCUGGGCCCAACCCUGAGAGGUCAGGUGGGCGAGACCAUUGUGGUCACAUUCAAGAACAUGGCGGACAAACAAUUCAGCAUCCACCCACAUGGCAUUGCUUAUGGCAAGCAGUCAGAGGGCGCCCAUUACUUUGACAAUACGUCUCAACAAGAGAAGGAUGAUGACGUGGUGCCUCCUUACAGCGAGCACACAUACUACUGGGAGGUCAACUCAGAAGUAGCCCCCCAAGAGGCAGACCCCCCCUGUAUUACCUACACCUACCAGUCACACUUCGACAUAGUCAAAGACUACAACGCUGGCUUGAUUGGCGCGCUACUCAUCUGUAAACCAGGCAGUCUUGACGAGACGGGGCAGCAGGCUUCCUUCCACCACGAGUACGUCUUCAUGUUUGGGGUAUUUGAUGAGAGCCUGAGCAGAUAUAGUGCUGUAGGAGAAGCUACCGACAACCCUGUCAAACACACCAUUAACGGCUACAGCAAGGGAGCGAUCCCUGGUUUAAGUAUUUGUGCUCACACCUCUGUCAGCCUGCACCUGGUGGGCAUGAGUUCAGACCCUGAGGUGUUCUCGGUGCACAUGAAUGGGCAGAUGCUGCAACAUUUCGGCCAUCAAGUGUCGUCUGUGGGCCUGGUCAGUGGCACUGCCACCAGUGCCCAGAUGACCGCCGUUUACCCUGGCCGCUGGCUGCUCUCAUCUUACACCAACAAGCACCAGGAGGCUGGCAUGCAUGGCUUUGUAGAUGUAGUGAGCUGUAAGGGCUUCGAUGCUCCCAAGCGCAAGCUGACCAUCCAGCAGAAGAGAGAGAGCCAGGAGUGGACCUACUACAUCGCCGCAGAGGAGGUGGUCUGGGACUACGCUCCAAACAUGCCUGCUUACAUGGAUGGGGACUUCAAGUUCAAAUACUUGAAGCAGGGCCCACAGCGUAUAGGCAAGAGGUAUAAGAAGGCUGUGUACACUCAGUACACGGAUGACUCUUUCACUAAGAGGGCAGAGAAGCAGCAGAGGAAGAUGGAGGUGGGCAUCAUCGGCCCCGUCAUCAGGGCACAGAUCAGAGAUGUCAUCAAGAUAGUGUUUAAGAACAAGGCCUCACAGCCCUACAGCAUCUAUCCUCAUGGACUGACCAUAGACAAGGCAGCCGAGGGGGCCAACUACCCGGCCGGAGGUAACCAGACGCACGGGGUGCAGCCUGGCCAGACGCACACCUACGUGUGGCGGGUGAUCGUGGAGGACGAGCCCUUCGACAGCGACUCCAGAUGUCUGACCCGUAUGUACCACAGUGCUGUGGACACACCCAGAGACAUCGCCUCUGGACUCAUAGGCCCCCUGCUCAUCUGCAAGAGCCAGUCCCUCAACAUCAAAAACGUACAGUUGAGAGCAGACAAGGAGCAGCAUGCCAUGUUUGCCAUAUUUGAUGAGAACAGGAGCUGGUACCUGGAAGACAACAUACAGUCUUACUGUGACCCGAAGAAAGUGAGGAAGGACGACCCGGACUUCUAUCAGUCCAACGUUAUUCACUCCAUCAACGGGUACGUGUUUGAGAGCGGCCCGGUGCUAGGCUUCUGUAAUGGAGAGAUUGUGACAUGGCACGUGUCCAGCGUUGGAGCACACAGCCACAUCCAGACCAGUACCUUCUACGGUCACGUGUUUGAACUGAACAAUCGCACAGAGGACUUCCUCAGCCUGUACCCCAUGACUGGAGAGACCAUCAAGAUGGACAUGGAUAACAUCGGCGUGUGGAUCAUAUCCUCCCUGAACUCCCAUGAGACCACCAAGGGAAUGCGGGUGAAGUUCCAAGAUGUGGAGUGUUUCCAUGACUACGUCUAUGAAUACGAGGAUAGGGCCGAGUUGGAGGCUGAGCCCAAGGUUGUGUUUGAUGUGUGGCUGCCUGAGGACAUCGACGCUAUAAAAGAAGAAAAACAGAAGCAUGUGACGGAGCAGAAGAAAAUAGAUGUGGAGAUAGACGAGGAUACGGAAAAGUGGGCCGAUUUGUUGGGCAUUCGAUCCCUCAGUAAGCAGGCAGAAGGAUCGAGUGUGGAGCAGUUGGACCUGUCUUUCCUUGAUAAGCCUGAGAGAGAUGAGGCUGAGAAUGCAAACAACUUGUCCAACAGUGUACCUGCCUCCAUCCUUCCAUCAUUCUUUAACACCACGUUCGACGGUGACGUGAAGAAGGUGGAAAACCACACCGUUCCAGAGCCAGCACUGGAGUCACUGAACAACAUGAUAUCGACUGAAUCACUGAAUUUCAGCCUCUGGGGAAAUACAACAGAACCACUGGGCACCAGUCGUGAUCAGUUAAGCAGCUCUGCGGCUGAGACAAGGAACAUAACUGGGCAGAACAUAAGUUCAUUGCUAGAGGAUGGCAACAUGGACACAGAGGCUGGCAAGAAUAUGAGUUCAAACAGGGACAGAACCGGGAGAAACCAGACAUUUGUGAGCGAUACUCUAGACCUUGAGGACCAGGAGAAAGUCACUCGGGGAGAUGUUUUCUCCUAUACUGAACUUUCAGAGGAAUCCUCCAGUGAGACAGACCUGUUGGUUACCAACAUGUCUCCCAUCCCAGAUUCAGCGAAUGAAAAUGUCACAGAUUUGAUUAGUAACAAAACUGGCCAAUUAGAACCAUUAGGAAAUGCAACCAACCAAACACACCUAGAUGUAAUUGUGUUUAGGGAGUUAAAACUCCAGUUAGAAGAACAAAUUGACAAUGACAUUUUUGUAAGCAACAUGUCUAACAACACCUUUCCACCCCCCCUAAAUGGCACAGCUUUGACAGGUAACAUAACCAGCCAGCUAAAUUCAUCAGAAAAUGCAGCUAACCUAUCAAUUACUGGAGUGAGUAGGUUGAACUUCAGCCAACCAGAUGAAUACAAUAAAAAAUUGGACCUACAAAUGGAGGCAAAAAAUCUGACCAAUAACAAUAAUUCCCUGGAAAAUAUGACCAGUGUAAAUGUAAAUAAUGUAAAUACCAUCCAUUUACCUGAGGCCACCUCCACACCCAACCGGUCUAUUGAUGCAGUGGUAAAUAGGGAACAUUUCAAUGAAACAUAUAUUCAAAUAGUACCUCUACAGAAUGUCACCAACAGUGACCGGAUGAACUCUUCUGAGGUCAGCUUUGAGAGAAGGGAGGACAUAUUUGCUCUUCAAGUCAACCAGUCAUCAUCAUCUGAGAAUGUCUCCAAGGAGACCAACAGCCUUGCUGCUGGAAAUCUGUCUAUACCAACCAGUCACACGCAAGAGAACAGCUCAGAGGAGAUCCCAUCAGAGCGUUCCGAAAGCAUAGAGGAAGUGGUCAUCUGCUUGAAGAACGGCAGCUGCCAUGCCGUCCGCACCACGCCCCUCAACCCCCAAGAAGAGCACUGGAGCUACAAUGCAACCCACCACGCAAUCGCCAUGGAGAUGCCUGACCAUAUGAUCAAAUACAUAGGCAAUGAGCUGCCAAAGCCAGCAUUGAGUCCUGAUCCAACACUAAAGCCAACACAGAAACCCAAGAUCAUUACUGAGUACCGCAGAUGGAUUCCUGAGAAAGGCCACAGCAUGAAGACCAAGAAGAAGAAGGAGUACAAGGCUCAACCCAAGGAGAACGUAGGGUUCUCCCCUCGCGGGGUACGACCCCAGGCCCCGGCAUUCAGCCCCCGCGGGUCACGACCCGUCACCAACCAGGACGAUCUGAUCAACAAGGCCAUCGUCAUCGGCAUUCCUCGACCUGACUUCAGUGACUACGAGCUGUAUCUACCAGGGGAGCAUUCAGAGGAGCAGACUCACAAGUCAAAGCAUGUAGAUAAGGAUGAUUAUGAGUAUGUGGACUUCAAGGAUCCAUAUACUCAUACUCAUUUUGUCAAGUUUAACCUGGAUGACAACGGCAAGUACUUCCUGAAGACCGCAGGGGAGAAAGUGAGGACCUACUUUAUAACCGCAGAGGAGGUUGAGUGGGACUACGCCGGCUACGGACAGAGGAGGAUGGAGAAGUGGGGAAACAACAGCCCCUACACCCAGUUCACCAAGGUGAUAUUCCGGGGUUAUCUGGAUAGCUCAUUUAAGACUCCUGACCUCCGGAGGGAGAUGGAUGAGCACCUGGGCAUCUUGGGGCCAGUCAUCAAAGCUGAAGUCGGAGAGACCAUUAUUGUGUUCUUCAGGAAUCUGGCUAGCCGUCCGUACUCUCUGCACCCUAAUGGGGUCACCUACACCAAGCAGACCGAAGGCCUGUCAUACGAGGAUGAGUCUACUAUGUACUGGUUCAAGGAGGAUAACGAGGUCCUGCCCAAUAGCAGCUACACAUACCUGUGGAAUGUCAAUGCAAAGGCCGGGCCUAAGGCACACGAGUCAGAUUGUCGUACCUGGGCCUACUACUCUGGUGUGAAUCCUGAGAGGGACAUCCACUCUGGUCUCAUUGGUCCGUUGCUGGUGUGUCGGGAGGGCACCAUGGCCAAGAGGAUGGUGGACAUGCGAGAGUUCACGCUCCUCUUCAUGACCUUCGACGAGUCGCAGAGUUGGUACUACGAGAGGAACCGCGAGCGUCUGGAGAAGACGAACAGGAGAGCCCUGAAGGAAAGCACCUUCAAGUUCCACGCCAUCAACGGCAUCAUCUUCAGCCUGAAGGGCUUGAGGAUGUACAGCUCCCAGCUGGUGCGAUGGCACCUCAUCAACAUGGGCUCUCCUCGGGACCUGCACAGUGUGCACUUCCAUGGGCAGACCUUCUUGAUUCAGCACAUGCACACGUAUCGCCAGGGGGUCUUCCCUCUGCUGCCGGGGGGCUUUGCGACACUGGAGAUGAGGCCAUCCAAGCCCGGCUUGUGGCAGCUGGAGACGGAGGUCGGACUGUACCAACAGCAGGGGAUGCAGACCCUCUUCCUGGUCCUAGAUGAUGAUUGUUUCCAUCCGCUGGGACUUGAGUCUAGGAGUGUUCCGGAUCAACAGAUCACAGCAUCAAGCCACAGAGGAUACUGGGCUCCCUCUCUUGCCAGGCUCAACAACCAUGGCAAGAUCAACGCAUGGAGCACAGACAAGGCAGGCAGCUGGAUACAGGUGGACUUCCAGAGGUCUGUGGUGAUCAGCCAGGUGGCCACCCAGGGAGCCAAGGAGAUGUUCAGGUCCCAGUAUGUCCUCAACUACACCAUCUCUUACAGCACCGACCGCAGGAAGUGGACCUAUUACAAGGGAGACAGCGACCAUUAUGCGAUGAUGACAUUCACAGGUAACCGGGAGGCUAACGAGGUGAAGGUCAACACCUUCUUCCCCCCUCUAAUUGGCCGGUACGUGAGACUCCACCCUCUAAGCUACUACAACAUGCCCACAUUACGGAUGGAUUUCUACGGCUGUCAGCUUGAUGGUUGUUCUGUGCCCCUGGGUAUGGAGAGUAAACUGAUAGAGGAUCAUCACAUCACUGCCAGCUCCACAGCUACGAGCUGGUACUCUGGAAAAUGGUACCCUUCUCUGGCACGUCUUAAUAACCAGGGCAUCAUCAAUGCAUGGCAGGCAAAGUACAACGACGCGGGGCAGUGGCUUCAGAUAGAGCUGGCUCAGGUGAAGAAGAUCACUGGGAUCGUCACCCAGGGAGCCAAGGCUCUAGGCAAGGAGAUGUUCAUCAGCUCCUACUCUCUGGAGCACAGUGACGACGGAAUAGUCUGGAACCAGUACACGGACGAUGAUGAGUAUCUGUCUAAGGUGUUCCCAGGUAACACAGACAACAGUGGCCAUGUGAAGAACUACAUCCACCCUCCCAUCUUCUCUCGCUUCAUACGAAUCAAACCCCAGACCUGGAGGAGCUCCAUCACCAUGAGGGUGGAGCUGCUGGGCUGUGACUUUGAGUGAAACAAACGCACACACAAACACACAGUGGCACACACGGACACAAAGUUUACCCACACACAUACACCCAGACAGAUGCACAGACAGAUUAAACAAACAUGCGGGUGCAAACACAAGGAACGGAAUGUCCUUGAAACUCAAGGAGGGUUUUGGAGGAAUCUUCAUGACAGCACAACUGUUAUUAUCAGCUUGUAAUGCCACAGAUGAAUUCACUACAAACACGUUAAACGUUCCAUACAUUGUCUUUCCUUAUUGUGUUUCCCUACAUUUUUCCAUACAUGUUUCCAUACAUGUUCCUCAGCAGUAAAGAUAUGUGCCUGAAAGCAUGCAAAAUAUACACAUUGGAACCAGAGAUUAGUAUAUUAUGUAAUUAUAUUUGUUUAUCUUAAUAUGUAAUAUUUUGUAUCAUAAUUGAAGAUUCAUGUAAAUACAUCGUACUUAUCAAUAAAUAGUGUUAAUCCUC